CCAAUGAGACUUGUAAUCUGAGAUCAGGAAGUGGGCUAUGUUACCACGUAGUGUGAGCGUGACGCUUGGGCCUACCCGCCUUGCAACAGAUUACAGCCGUGGAUAUCAGAACGUUUGAUACCGAUGACGAUAACACCAUGCGGCUGAUGAAGUUUUACAAAUCAGCCCAGAAGUUGUAUGGGAGAGUGUUCUAUUCAUACGGCCAUCUUGUAGGACGUUAUCCCGUCGUAUUCAUCGUCGCUGCGCUGGUGUCUACAGGAGUGCUGGCUCUCGGACUUCUUCGCAUGGAGUCGGAGACGGAUGUUGAGCGUCUAUACACUCCCAUCAACAGCCAGGCUGUUCAGGACAGAGACAAGAUGAAGGCCAGCUUCCCAGACUGGACAGGAACAAACUACAACACAUACAGUCUGAACGCCGAGGACAGGUACGGUGAGAUCAUCGCCAUCUCAGAUGGAAACAUCUUCUCCAAUACCAGCAUUGGUGAGAUGAGAAUCUUGGUAGAUACGAUUAAACAGUUUAAAGUUGGAUUUAAAGGCAGGACAGUUCACUUUUCAGAUGUAUGUGCGCGCGCAUCAGACUUGUGUGUCAUAAGCGGUGACUUCCUCUUACAAGAUGACUUCCUGUCCUCUCUUGAGCAAGGGAACGUCACCUACCCGGUAUGGAACGACGUCGACAUCUCCUUGUUUGUGGCAGGUGUAAAUGUCUCCGGUGAGGUGCUCGAGUCAGCGUCAGUGAUGAAACUCACCUUUCAUCUGCGGCAGGACAAUGGCAGCAUGCUGGCGUCAACACUCACUUGGGAAGAUACAUUUGUCGCACACAUGAAGAACGAAUCCUCUUUCCUUAAACAGCCAAGGGUUCAUUUCGCAACGUCCCAGUCCUUAGGUGAUGAACUCAACCAGAAUACUGACGGUGACAUAUACUGGUUCUCGCUGUCCUUUUCGAUGCUGAUCACAUACGCCAGUGUCGUGGCAAGUGGAGACUGUGUUGGCUCCAGGAACCAUCUGGCCAGAGCUGGGAUCCUGGCUGCAGGAUUCGGCAUCCUGACAGGCAUUGGUCUGGUGUGCCUCUGUGGUGUCAAGUGGGUCAACGUGGUCGGAAUAAUGCCAAUCAUGGUUCUGGCUGUAGGCGUGGACGACAUGUUCCUGAUGAUGUCAGCGUGGGCCGAGACGAACAUCCACGGCGACGAGUGGGACAUUCCUACACGUCUUGGACACACCUUCACAAAGGCUGGAGUGGGCAUCACCAUUACCUCCUUAACAGACUUCCUCGCCUUCAUGGUUGGAGCAACCUCCGACUUCCUCAGUAUCAGAAAUUUCUGCAUCUUCACAGGUGUGGCCAUGUUGUCAUGUUUCUUUUUUCAAACGACGUUUUUUGCUGGAUGCAUGUCACUUCAAGGACGGCGGGUGGAAGCAUCACGCCAUUGCUGCACGUGCCACAAGAUCCCCAGUCGGGAGGAACUUACAGAACAAGGGAGACCAUUCUUGAUUAUAUGUUGUUGUGGUGGCAAGCCACCUCGUGAAAGACGUGAUUCGAUCUUUGAGAAAUUCCCAUCAUUAUGUCUUACAAACUUUCUUCUCACCAUCCCUGGGAAGGUGAUAACGCUUGUGAUGUUUGUGGUCUAUGUAUCCGUUUCCAUCUGGGGCGUAACAGGUUUAAAGCAGGGUUUGUUCCUAAACCUGUUGGUCCCACCAUCUUCAUAUUACCAUGGCUAUAGUGUAUCUAACUAUCACUACUUUGGGGUCAAGAUACCUGUCCAGUUUGUGUUUAACCACGCAGGUAUUGACUACAAAAACGAAACAACGCUGAAGCACGUGAAGGAACUCUUUCACAAUAUCGGACAGUCUUCUGAUAUGAAUAAUGGCACUACAAAAUGCUGGCUUUUGGACUAUGCGUCUUCUGAACAUUUCAACAUAACCUCAAACUCCAUCUUCAUUAAGAAUUUACAAGAGUUUUUAAAUGAUAGGUCUGAUUUACGAAAUGACAUUGUGUUCGGGUCAAAUGAAACCAUAACGGCAUCCCGGUGCCACAUGUUUUCAAGAAACGUCCCUGACUCAGUGGACCAGGCUGGUCUGAUGCUGUCCACGCGGCAGAUAGCCAAGUCAUCCCCAAUGCAAACAUUUGCCUACCAUCCCUUGUUCAUCUACUUUGAGCAGUUCGUGGCAGUUCUUCCCACGGUUCUGAGGACUGUUGGUGUAGCUGUAGCUGUCAUGGUCGUCGUCACUGCCAUCCUCCUUCCUCACCCCGCCAUAGUCGCUGCCGUCCUCUUCAACAUCCUCAUGAUCCUCCUGGGGAUCUUUGGUUUCAUGGCUAUCUGGGAUUUGAGCAUCAGUGCGAUCACAAUGAUCCACCUGGUUAUGAGUGUCGGGUUCUCUGUAGAUUUCACCGUCCACGUGUGCUCCGCCUACAUGUUAAGUGAAGGGCAAACACGAAAUGACCGUGCAAGGAAUGCCAUAAUACAUGCUGCUGGUCCAAUAUUCAAUGGUGGCUUGUCAACAUUUAUAGGCAUCUGUACGUUGGUGGUCUCACAGUCCUACGUGUUCCAAUCCUUCUUCCGCAUAAUGGUGUUGGUCGUACUGUUUGGGAUGUCGCAUGCUGUGCUUCUCAUGCCGGUGUUGUUGUCUCUGGUGGGUCCUAUGGAGUCCAACAGACUAGAACCUUCCCACACUGCAGACAAGGGAGAAACGUCAACCUCGGGCCAACAUUCAAACGUAGACGAAAUACCCUGCACAGGCAAUCAUUUCAGCCAUUUAUGACGGCAACGUGUGAAUAACUGUGUUUGAAUCAGUCAAUUGUUCGAUCUUUCAAUUUUUAAUGAGAAUCCACGCCGUCAGAAUCCGAUGGCAGACUAUACUCUGAAUUCUCUGAAGAUAUAUAAUUUUGAUUGUAUCAAAUAAACCCAUUUAAAUUAAAAAGGAGCCCCAGUGAGAUGGGAGCCUGAGGAGAUCUAGAGUACUUUCAUUCGGGGCCUUAGCAUUGCUGGAGGGUUAGGCAGUAGGGAAAUAGUGAUCCACUUUUCCAACCAUUAUUAUGAUACACUGUACCGAUGCUGUAGGUGGUACCCCUUGCAUCUUUAUACUGGGAUAACUGAAUUAAUGUGUACUGCUGUAAAUAUUGCUCAAUAAAAUCUAUGCAUGUCUGA